AUGGCUAUGACAUACCAACAACCACAGAACUACGCUCUGCCACCCGGUCCUCAAGGACACGCUAUGCAUGGCUUUCCCCAGGGUCAAGCCAUGCAUUGUCCGCCACAAAGCCAAAUGCAAGGUCAAAUGCAUGGUGCUGCUCGAUUCAAAAUCUCAAAGCCUUCUUUCCACAGCCGUUAUGAGUGCAAGCCCGACAACGCACCUGACGGUCCCUCGGCCUACAGUCUCGAAAUAUCAAAGAACCCCAAAAAGCAUCCAGACUUGGCUCUGACUGCGGGAGGAGCUUCGGUCGCGGCGUGCUACUUUCCGGAAGCGAGCCGCUACUACAACAGCGACAGCAAGAUGUUCCGCAUCGGUCUCGGCGAUCCUGCCAAUGUGCAAUGGACCGAGAUGUCAUAUGGAGGCAAGGACAAGCAUGGCUGGUCAUUUUCAUUGAACCUCCCAAACACGGGGCAGCCGGUUCCGUUGACGUGGUUGAAAGACAACAGCGUGGCCGUGGAUGGAAUGUCGGCUUCACGUCUAAGCAACAACAACUUCAAACUCCAGGACCCCACUGGCCAGAUUAUGGCGGUAUUUACAAGCCACACCAUGAGUCUACGGCCUAGUUCAGUGGGCACACUGCAGAUUAACAUGGAUCUGGGCCCGAUGUUUGAGUACGCUGUCAUCACGACUUUAGUUUCCAUUUACGACUUCCAGAAACGUGAGGAGGAAAAGAGGUCCAGUUCCAGCAGCGCUGGUGGUGCUGCCGCCGCCGCUAGUGGUUAA